CCUAACCCUGCGCGAAUCCCAAUGGAUCUCCAUCCCGAGCCGUUUGGCAAAACCAUCACCAACACGCCAAGACAUCCAGCCCAGACCGCCGUCCGCCGCACUUGCGACUCGUGCGUGGCGUCUGUUGACCGGAAACGACGGGAAGCACAACUCAGCUGUUUUCGGAGCACUGCCUGAAGCGAACAAUACGCUACCAAUUUUUUACGCAAUGUCCAUUCCUAUGAACCGCCUCGGCGGUCGAGCCCUUAACAGAAGCGACGACGACGAUGCUGAGCGCGAGUACGAUCGCCUGCGCGACCUCGCCCGCGCCGAGGCCGAGAAGCGCAACCAGUGUUUCCAGCGCUCCCGACAGGCGUACGACGACGGCGAUGGCGCCCGCGCGAAGGAGCUCUCCAACGAGGGCAAGGCGCAUGAUGCCAAGAUGGACGACUACAAUCAGCAGGCCUCCGACUUCAUCUUCCGCGAGAACAACGCACCCGGCCGCGUAGAGGCCGACUGCAUCGAUCUGCACGGCCAGUUCGUCGAGGAAGCUGAGCGCAUCCUCGAGCAGCGCAUCCGCGCCGACCAGGCCGCCGGCCAGACACACCUGCAUGCCAUCGUCGGCAAGGGCCACCACUCGGCGGGACACGUCCAGAAGAUCAAGCCCAAGGUCGAGGAGCUGUGCCGCGAGCUGGGACUCAAGUUUAGCACCGAGGAGAACGCCGGCCGCAUCUACAUCAACCUCCAGGGCGGCGACGCUGUCCCGCCUCAGAACAGCGGCUACUCCGGCCACCAUGGCGGACAGCAGCAGCAGCACCACGGCGGACAGCAACAUGGCGGACAACAACAUGGCGGACAGCAGCACGGAGGACAGCAGCAGUCGCAGAACGACGAGGUUGCGGAGUUUGUCGGAAAGCAGCUACCCUGGAUCUUGCGAAAGCUGGAGAAGCACUGCUGUGUGGUUAUGUGAGCGGGUGGCGAUGGCUCUAUGGCUUAUGUCUGGUAGCUUAUACGAAUGGAUGCUCUCGACUGAAGGGAGUCGGCGAUAUAGAGGGAGACUGGCGGUGGUUAAUUUCUUAUUGGUCUACGGGAAUAUGGAUUUUGCCAAUUGCUCGAAGGAUGAGUCCUAGACAUAGACAGGGGAACGUCGGGUUUCCAGGAUUGAUGCAUCAAAGAUACCUAGUAGAGUAUGUCUUGAUUCGAGGUCAAAAGAUAGAAACGAUCAAAUCUAUC